AUGGCGACCCCUGUGGAUGCAAAGCUCCUCAAGAAGACCAAGUUCCCUCCUGAAUUUAAUCGGAAGGUGGACAUGACCAAGCUGAAUAUCGAAGUCAUGAAGAAAUGGAUCAACAAGCGCAUCUCUGAGAUCCUCGGCAAUGAGGACGACGUCGUUAUUGAGCUGUGCUCCAACCUGCUUGAGGGCUCUCGCUAUCCGGAUAUCAAAGCUCUCCAAAUCCAGCUUACAGGAUUCCUCGACAAGGACACCCCCAAGUUCUGCAAGGAGCUGUGGUCCCUCUGCCUGAGUGGUCAAGAAAACCCUCAAGGUGUUCCAAAGGAGAUCCUAGAGGCCAAGAAGCUGGAGCUCAUGCAAGAGAAGAUCGAGGCCGAAAAAGCUGCCGAGGCUGCUCGGCGAGAGAGAGAACAGGAGCGCCUCCGAGAGCGCGAGUUGAAUGACACGAGACGCCGAGAGCGUGCUGAACGAGGCGAUCGCAACUUCGGGAACUUUGGAGGAAGAGGCCGUCACAAUCGACGCCGUUCACGCUCCCCGCUUCCUCAAUACGGCCGAACUCGCUAUCGUGAUCGCGACUCACCUCCUCGCCAUCGCGAUUCCCCUCCUCGCCGCGAUCGAACUCCUUCCCGCGGACGUUCUUCUUCACGUUCUCCUCCCAGGUUCAUUCGUCCAGAUCGCACUCCUGGUCGCUCCCCUCUUCGCAUCCGUCGCUCAUCUCGCUCUCCUAACGCUCGACCUUCUUCUCGCUCUCCUCGCUUCCGCCGUCCGUCUCGCACUCCCCCUCCUCCCGUCCGCUCCUCUUCUCGCUCCCCUUCUCGCCUCUCGCACAGCCAAUCUCCAGAGCGCAACAAGAAGAGACCUUCCCAUGACUGCCGGGCCUGUGCAACCCUAGCAGCUCGCUCAAAAGGCGAUGCUCCGGCGGGAGCAAAUGACGGGGCGCGACCUACCACCCCCGUUUACAAGAUUCUCCCCGAGAUCCCGCCGACCCCGAAGGCCCCGAAGAAGAUGUUUGGUUGGCCACGAGAGCGUGGCGACCCUCUUAACUACAUUCUGAACAGCCCCGAUUGA